GAUCUUUAGCUGCCUUGUGCAAUACAGAUAGCAAAGGGCAUAAAAAUUGUGAUGACGUCAAGAUUAGCAUCAAUUGUUAUCACACUCGACAUGGAAAGAAUCCAAGAUGCACAAUUGAAUAUAGAUGCUAAUAUUGUAAGGGAAUCGAUUUUGCAGGCUCCAAAAAUAAAAUUGAAGCCAGAGCACAUUAAGGUUUUGGAUAUCAAAAAGCUUGAAGUUGUACCCCCUGAUGCAGAUAGAAGUAAAAUCAAUUUUCAACUUAACUAUCUGAAGAAUUUGCUUCCAUCAGUUGUAGUAAAGGGAAUUAAGACUGCGGAACGUGUUGUUAUCAGUAAAGAAGAAGAUAAAGUGACAAGGAUGGAGAAAUUCAAAUUGUUGGUAGAAGGCACGGGCCUUCAAGAGGUUAUGGGCAUUGAGGGAGUUGAAGGACGUAAAACGCUUAGUAAUCAUAUCAUUGAAGUAGAGCAGACUCUGGGAAUUGAAGCAGCCAGAAAGUGUAUCAUUGAAGAGAUAAAGUUUACAAUGGGAAGCCAUGGAAUGAGUAUAGAUGCACGCCAUAUGAUGCUUUUGGCCGAUGUGAUGACCUUCAGGGGUGAAGUCCUUGGAAUAACAAGAUUUGGAAUCCAAAAGAUGGACAAGAGUGUAUUAAUGCUCGCAUCAUUCGAGAAGACUGCGGAUCACCUUUUCAAUGCUUCUGUGCAUGGAAGAGAUGAUCAGAUUGAAGGAGUAAGUGAAUGCAUAAUCAUGGGCAUACCGAUUCAAAUAGGCACCGGAAUGAUCAAAGUUAAACAAAGAUUGGAUCCUCCGGCGCUGUGUCAAGGUCCCGAUCCUAUUCUGUCUUGAGUUCAUAGUUGUAUAAUUGCUGUGAAGAUAAGAUCAUUCUGUGCAGAGUACUGAAGCAUCAGAAAUUCACUUUUUGGCGUGCCUGCCUGUUCUUAAGAUUACAAACUCUUCCCAUGGCUCAACGUUUUUAUAGAGAUGCAGAAAUUUCAAGGCAUGAGAACAUUUCCAGUCGUGGGGAAUGAGGAGAGACUGAUACAAGAGAAUUAAUUGUAUAUAGGGUUUAUAUUUUAUAAUUAUACUCCACUUCUAUUUUAUUCCCCCAAAUGCGCCAUGUGCGUUCGAUUUUGUGCAAUUAGGCUGACGCAAAAGGUCUCAUAUAGCUGAUUCUUUGUUAAGAAUGAUUAGAAUUGAUGACAUGAUUAUAACAAUAAUUUAUUAUAAUACUAUGAAAAAUAAAUAAGGAGGAAAGAAAUGGGAGGCUUUUCUAAUCUUGAAACUAAAAA